AUCUUACUUCCACUUAUACCAUCUAGUCCAGCUUAUUACAAACUAGCUUUCCCAGCGAUGCCUUCACUAGUCCAACCUGCUAUCCUGUUAGUCUCUGGUGGCUGCCAUGUGCCCGCUCAUUUUGGCCCUUUGCAAGGUGUUCUCGAAGCAUACGGCUACGAGGUCAUCAAUCCACGCCUAGCCACCAACUCCCUUUACCCUCUUGAUGGUAAUGCCUUUGAACAUGACAAAGCCAUGUUAACUGGAAUUGUCGAGGCUUUGGCAAGUCAAGGGAAGGAGAUUAUCGUGCUAAUGCACUCUUUCGGCGGCUUCUUAGCCACAGACGCAAUGGCUGGUUUAGGUGUUAGGGACCGCGCAGCAGCAGGCCUUAGAGGCGGCGUAAAAUGGAUGGCGUACAUGUGUGCCUUGGUCCCUAUCAAGGGAGAGACUGUCGUGGAUAUACUACAGAUUGCGGGGUCAGCGGCUGGCAUAAAACCAGCUGAAAUCUACUCUACUGAGAUUAGUUCCUAUCCAAGAGAUCCUGCGCAAAGUUUCUACCAGGAUCUUCCACCAAAAGCGCAAGAACAUUGGGCCAGUCUGAUUACUGGGUCCGUGUUUGAAUCUUUUUCCCAGAAGACAGUUAACGAGGCGUGGAGGAACAUUGACGUUUCAUACAUGCAUACCCUUCAGGACCAAGCUCUGCCACCGGAAACUCAAAAGGCAAUGGUCGAACGAAUCAAGGGGAUGGGCAUACCUGUCAAGGAGAUUUUUGUUGAUUGUUCUCAUUCUCCCUUCUUGAGUCGAACACAGGAUGUUCUCAAGUGGAUCAAUGAACUAGCUGGGUUGUCAAAGUGGAACAAGGCAUUAUUGUAGUUAGGAUUAGGAUCAACGUAGUUCACAAGCGAGCUGAUCACGACCUACUCGCUCGUCAACGUCG